AUGUUCAGUCGACACCAGAACCUUACACAGACCAGCGAGGAUAUGAAACUCCUCGUGAAGGUCGUUUUGCCCCUUCUGGAGCGCUACUUCUACACUCGCAAGUCCUACUUCAUCGAUCCCUACUCAGGCGCGUCGAUUGAAGAGAAGAAAAUGGCCACGAUGCUCUUCACCAAGCUCUUUACUCUCUUGCGCCUGAAAACUCGCUGCUUUGGAGCAGAUGUCAAUGUGACCGUCUCCUGUCUCAAGUGCCUCAUUGAAUGUCUUGAUAUCAAAGCCAUUGUGAAGAUCAGCUACGCAGAGGACUUUGUUCGAGUCCGUCUCAUGCCAUUCUUCACUUUUUGCGCUGACGAUUUGGGCCUCAUUAUCCGAAAUCUCAACUCUGGAAGGUACUCUCAUAUCAAGGGCACAAUUCGACGUGGGGCCUGCAGUAUUGACUACCUGCACAUGAUCCUCCUGCCGACACUGAAGACGAUGUUUGAGCACAUUAGCAAGACGGGAGUGGGUGAGGAUCUACUUUUGGGGCAUCUACAGGUCACUUGUUCUCGCAUCCUCAAUGCCCUCUACGUACUGGGAACGACUAGUCAAAAGCACGCCAAUCGCCCUGAACUGAUGGAGGAGCUAAAUAGACACCGGCCAAUGCUGGGUGAAUGUCUGGCAGCCCUGACCACCUGUUUUCCGGUGGCUUUCCUUGAGCCCGAACUGAGCGCCCACAAUCCAAGAUCAAUUGCCUACAACACAGAGGAGGCCGACUACUCCUUCGAAGCCAGAGACCUGAUUCAAAAGAUUGGCAAGACCCUGCCCUCUCUCCACAACAUCAUUGAUGACAUCGUCCACCUAGCCGAAGCCGGUUCCAACGGCACCCAAGAACCCCAUCUUAUUGAAGUCACCCUUCCCAUGUUGUGCUCUUACCUGCCAGUUUGGUGGCGCAAAAACCUUGCCCAACGCCAAUACGCGCGCUGCCACCCAGGCUCAAAGGCGGCCGCCUUCUUCCCUGACAAUGAGGAGUUCCUAGCUGCACUCAAUACUGAAGGGGAAGGAUUGCAUGAACUUGGAGGCGGUGGCGGUGGUGACAGCGGCAGCGGAGGGGGAGACAACAAUGAUGAUGACGAUGAUGAGGAGAAGGGGUGGGGUGCGGCCACGGGUCCGAUUACUACGGUGACUGCGGAUCUGAUGAAUCGUGUUUUGGGAUCAGUGUUACAGUUGAUCCAAAAUAAUAUUGACAAUAGUAAUGCGCCGUGGAUGACGAGGAUCGCAACACGAACACAACCCAUUGUUGGCAACGCAACUGUUGACAUGCUUGGAAAGUACUUCCUACCCGUCUCGGAGCGCCUCUUGGAUCAGGCUUUCGCAGUGCAGAGUUGGGAGAGACGUCUGGGUAAUGAGACGGACAAAGAGGGCGAUUUGACCGCUGCCUGCGAGUUGCUUGUGCGAAACAUGUUCGCUCUGUAUCCCCUUCUCAUCACUUUUGUCGAUCGGUAUCGCACCGAGUGGCUCAAACAGCCCACCAUGGAGGCUGAUAGACUCUUCAAUGCUGUUGCCAACCUCUUCCUCAUUUGGAAUGGCUCUCCGAACUUCAAACGAGAGGAGGAGACAUUCGUUGGAAUUCAUGAGUUGGAUACUCUGGCACUAAUAAUGCCGACCGCUGAAAGGAGCACGCUUUCUGCUGAUGUUGCUCCUCGCAGCCUCGCCCAUCAUCACACAAAAUCCGGAAAGGGACCGAAGAAGGGUUUUACCAGUUUAAUGGUUGCUUCAAUAAAGCGUCUCCUUCCGAUUGGUAAGCUAAACUACAUCUCACCCUUACAGUUACACAUCCUCUACAUUCCCUUCACUCUCAUUCCUUAA